GUCGAUUUUUUUUCUUCCAAAAAAUCUACCCGUAAACAUUUGAUUGGGCUUACCAGAUAAAGGUUAAGGUCACUUCAGAUAUUUUUUCCCUGAUGAGUUGGUCCAAUCCGAAGCUACGUGCAUGUUCGUUUCCACCACCCGAUUACCCCAAUGUCCACCGUGGAACGUUAUGGGACCACUACUGGCUCCAGCCAGGCGGAUAUGGCAAGAUUGCUAUUUUUUUUGUUGCCAGCAUGUCAUGAUUGUUGAGCUGGCAAUCUGUGCACCGUCAAUUGCAAUGCUAGCGGUUCCCGAGCUGGAGCUGCGUGUGCCGCUUUGACGCUUUCGUCUCGCAGCACCAUCCUCGUCUCCCAUCGGUUAUCGCCGUCAAGCCAGUGUCAUCGCCUAUUAGCGCGACUUUGCUGACCAUCUCCAGCAAAGGCGACUACGUGCGACAACUUUCCUGUUUGAAAGCCACCGUCGGAGCUUCAGGGGAGCCACUGGAAAUUGUUCAAUGGACGAUCUUUCAAGUAACAUUUGCCAGGCAUUUCGAGUAUACACCUGCAAUAUCGCCAAACAGCGUCGUUGGCUUAUCUUCAUCACAAUCCGAGCCAUCCGAGGUUAUUUCGUCACGACAUUCUUCUCGAGACGCGCGGAUCAUGCGAUGCGAUUCAAGCAUCGGAUCAACGAGGAAUCCAAGCAUUUUCCGCCUUUCGCCUUGGCCGGAUUCAAGUCUUCUUUUCAAAUUGUAGACCGCUUCGGAAGGAUGGUUUCUGCUACGAACAUCACUGAUGAUAGGACCACCUCCAUCCGUGCCUGCUGCCAUCACCGUCCCUCGAGCAGCACCCAUCGCUGCCUGCGUUUUCAAGCUCCACUGCUGCUCAAUACUUCGCAGAGCUAAGUACCCUUACCUUCCUCCAUCAACGCUUCGAUUUUUCCUGCAUGAUGCAUCGCGCUCCUCGUCGCUCCAGCCCAAGGCCCACCCUCGGGGUUCCUGGUCUCUCAUCCCUAAGCCGGGUUAGCUCUCUCUAACGCGUCGCUAGCCGCUGUCUGUCAGUCAGUCCGUCCGCAUGUCUGCAUACCUUCGAUUUUAACUUCGCUAUAACUACUAGUCACCAACUGACUUUCUUGUUCCCCUUCGCAGGUUCCCUUCUGCACUUUUAAUUUUUAUGGCGGCCGUAAGGAUUACUAUCAGCGGGCUGGCAGCACAGGAGUAGCUCCAUGACUCGAAGAGUCACUAACUGACUUUCUUGUUCCUCUUGGCAGGUUUCAUUUAACGCCCUUGUGCACUUUCAAAAUUUAUGGUGGCGCUAUAAGGAUUACUGUCAGCGGGCUGGGGAGCACAAAACAGGAGAGCUCCAUGACUCGAAGAGGUCUGUCGCUUCGCAAGUCGAUUUUUCCUUGCACGGCCGUUUUACUAACCUCCCUUCUUGCUCCUCGUGGCAGGUUCCCUUCAACGCCGUUCUGCACUCUCAAAUUUUAUGGUGGCGCUAAGGAUUACUGUCAGCAGGCUGGCAGCACGGGAGCGGCUCCAUGACUCGAAGAGGUCAAGGUUGCAAGUAUCACCGCUUACCCUUCGCACUCCACAAGAGCCUUCCCCCCCCUGGUUGAGGUUGGUACUGGUACAGGUUAGGUUCAGGUACACCAGUAAGGUAUUUUCUUGGUACGGCUCUUGUGGAGUUCUGACCCCCUCGCCUUCAAUUCAUCGCGUUGCUAAGUCAUUUUUUGCUUCGCUAUACUUCCAGUCGCUAACUGACUUUCUUCUUCAUCUUGGCAGGUUCCCUUUAACGCCCUUCUGCACUUUCAAGUUUUAUGGCGGCGCUAAUGAUUACUGUUAGCAGGCUGGCACCACAGGAGCAGCUCUGUGACUCCAAGAGGUCUAUCGUUUUGCAAAGUCGAUAUUACUUGUACGGUCGUUUUACUAACCUCUCUUCUUGCUCCUCUUGGCAGGUUUCCUUGAUCGCCCUUCUGCACUUUCAAGCUUUAUGGCGGCGCGAAGGAUUACUGUCAGCGGGCUGGCAGCACAGGAGCAGCUCCAUGAGUUGAAGAGGUCUGCCGCUUUGCAAAGUCGUUUUUUACUUGCAAGCUCGUUUUAUGGCUCUUGUGGAGUUGUGACCCUCGUCCCCUUUUGCUUUGCAAUUUUGUUCUCGUCGCACGCCAUGUACUGACUUGGUUUCUUUCUCCUCAUGACAGGUUUUCUUGAAUUCCCGCCUGCACCCAUGCCUUGGACGCCCUUGAGGCCCCAUUGUCUUCUAUCACACUCUCCUCCGAGCCUGCACGCCCGGCUCUUUUGCAAGACCCAGCACUCUUCAGCACCAGGUCUUCAGCGCCUAGUCUUCAGCAGCUAAACUUCAGCGCCAGGGGUGGCGCUGCCAACGUGUCUCUCUUCUGCCUAGU